AUGUCCUCCCAUCCGCCCGCCACAUGCUGUGCUACUGGCACCCUUCACCAGGGUACUCCCAAGGGAACCAUGGUGAAGAUCGAUGGCAAGAUCGACGCUUAUCUUUCCAAGCCUUCCACCCAGGCUCGCACAGCCAUCUUGUACAUCCCAGACAUUGUCGGAAUCUGGCAGAAUAGCAAGCUUAUGGCAGAUGCAUUUGCUGAGCAGGGUUAUAUCUGCCUCGUUCUUGAUAUAUUCAAUGGCGAUCCGGCGCCCUUGAACAUGCCCGAUGGCUUCGACAUAAUGUGGUGGCUGAAUAACGGAUCUCAGGGAAAUAACCCUCACACUCAGGAAGCCAUCGAUCCUAUUGUGGUUUCGGGAAUUGAUUAUCUCAAAAGCCUCGAGGGAAUUACUCAGAUUGGCGCUGUAGGAUACUGCCUAGGGGCAAAGUAUGUCAUCCGCCAUUUCAAGGAUGGCAUUGGUUGCGGUUUCAUCGCUCAUCCCUCUUUCGUGGAGGAACAAGAACUCUCUGCUGUUGUUGGUCCACUGUCAAUUGCUGCCGCCGAGCAUGAUGAUAUUUUCACUGUAGAGAAACGCCAUGAGAGUGAAGCUAUUCUGUCCAAGUCCAAGAACGAGUGGCAGAUCAACCUGUUUUCCGGAGUACAUCACGGGUUCGCUGUUAGGGGGGAUAUGAGCGACAGGAAGCAACAGUUUGCAAAAGACCAAGCUUUCACUCAAGCAGUAGCAUGGUUCAAGAGUCACCUCGGCUAUAGUUGA